AUGGAAGGAAAAAGCACCAGUCACAUUGGGGAGAAACCGUACACGUGUUCUUUUUGUGGGCAAGGCUUCAGCCGAUCAUCUGGCCUGUCGAGACACAAGCACAGUCACACUGGGGAGAAACCGUGGAAAUGUGGGGAUUGUGAGGAAGGAUUCAGUUACCUGUCUGAGCUGGAAAUUCACCAACGCAGCCACACCGGGGAGACGCCAUUAACAUGCUCCACGUGUGGGAAGGGAUUCAUUCAUUCAUCCAGCCUACUGAUACACCAGCGAGUUCACUCUGGGGAGAGGCCUUUCACCUGCUCUGAGUGUGGGAAGGGAUUCAUUCAGUCAUCCCACCUCAUGACACAUCAGCGAGUUCACACUGGGGAUAGACCUUUUAAAUGCCCAGACUGCGGAAAGUGUUAUAAAUGUUCAGGUGAACUGAUGUCCCAUCAACGGGUUCACACCAAUGAGAGACCGUUCAGGUGCUUUCACUGCGGGACUGGGUUCAGGCGAUCAUCUCAACUCACUGUACACCAGCGACUUCACACUGGAGAGAGGCCAUUCACCUGCUCCAAGUGUGGGAAGGGAUUUACUCAGUCAUCCCACCUUAGAGCACACCAGCGAGUUCACACUAAGGAGAGACCUUUUAAAUGCCCAGAUUGUGGGAAAUGCUAUAAAAGUUCCUGGGAACUGAUGCUCCAUCAACGCAUUCACACUGACGAGAGACCAUUCAGGUGCUCUCACUGUGGGACUGCGUUCAAGCAAUCAUCUCAACUCACUGUACACCAGCGAAUUCACACUGGGGAGAGGCCGUUCACCUGCAGUGAGUGUGGAAAGAGAUUCAGUCAGAAAUCCAACCUUCUGAGUCACCAACAAGUUCACAAGUGACUGCCGGAGUUGGAUUUUGCUCUUAAUCAUGUCUAGGAUGCAGCCAUGUUCAUCGGGGUCUUUUUCUGCUGAUGUUAUUAAGUUCCAGCCUGGUUAUAGAUUUUAA